AUGCCAACUGAAUGGUGCAGGGGCUGCUGGUGCACAGCAGACCAGGACUCCCACUUCUUGCAGGGCUACUGCAGCAGAUGCUGGCAGCAGUGGUCUGAGGCCCAGCCUCGAACGCGAGAGUCCAACGACCGGCGCUGCUUCCGCGUUGACCGGGUGGCCAUCGGCGAGCUCCAGUUCUCUCAGGCAACCAUUUCGGGAAGCUUCAAAGAUGGCCGACCUUUGGAUGAGACCGUCGCAGUGCUCCGCAAGAACUCAGACCUGGUGCACAAGAUUCCUCUCAUCAACGUGGUCCGUCACGAGGGAAAGUUCGUGUCCAUGGAUAAUAGACGGCUUUACACCUUCCGGAUGGCAUUUGACGACGACCACGAGGUCCCAGUCAGGCUUUUCGAGGAUAAGGCGGCCUAUGGCGCUGAAGACUUCGACCGGAAAGCGACCUCCAUUUGUGGGGGACAUAUGGUCGAUGUGCGCGAUAUGGAUGGCAUGCAGGAGCACCUGGAGCAUGUGGAGUUGCCUCAAAAUGCCAAGAGCCUCGUGUGGGGCAGCCUGCAGCAGGUCAAGGCUUCCACUGGUGCUCGCCUUCGGGUGUUCGAGGACAAGGUGGUGAUCUCCGGCAGCCGGCGGCAGGUGGAGGAGGGCAUCCGGAGCAUUCAGAGGAUUCUGAGCACUUUUGCCUCCCAGAGCGUGUUGCUGCACGACUACAGGGCGAAGGAGGCGGUGAAGCGUGCGAGCGCUACAGAGUGGAAGUGGAGCCAUCCCAGCGUUUGCCUUCAGUUUGCGCAGUCUGAUGAAGGUGAGCUGUGGGUCAGCCUUGGCGGCAAGCAGGAAGAGGUGGAGGCCGUGAAGCUCCUCGCCAUGGCAAUUGUGGAAGAGACGGCUCGAGUUUGGGAACAGGCGCCGGUGUCAAUGAUAAGAAGCUGCGACGCUGCGAAGGCCUAUACCCGCAGCUCACUGGCAAGCCUCUUGGCCUAUACAUGA